AUGUUUAUGGAUGAGCGGAUUGUAACUCUGUUCAAAAGGAAUGCCCAUCACACGCUGACCUACUGGAGUGUUUUCUUCAGUUUUGGACUCUGCAUUGCUUUCCUUGGACCUACUAUUUUGGACUUGCAGUGUCAAACAAACUCAACACUUAGUCAGAUUACCUGGGUAUUCUUCGCCCAGCAGUUCUGCUUGUUGAUUGGCAGCUCUGUUGGUGGCGUUUUCAAGCGGACGUUGUUCAGUGCUCUAGCUGCCUUAUUUGUCUCUGCCCUCAUCAUCUCCAUAAUAUUUGCCAUCAUCCCUCUGUGCAAUAAUGUUCUCCUGCUGGCCAUCGCCAUGGCCGUGUCUGGUUUGGCGAUGGGUGUUAUCGACACCAUUGCUAACAUCCAACUGGUGACCAUCUAUCAGAAGGACUCUGCUGUUUUUUUACAGGCUCUUCACUUCUUCAUCGGGUUCGGAGCCCUGGUGAGCCCCCUGAUUGCAGAUCCUUUCCUCUCAGAGACGGGCUGUGGGAAUCACACAGAGAAUGGAACAGAGAUCAUGCAUCAUUUCAGGAACAUGCUGAGGAACAGUCCAAUUGUAGAGCACAACAUAACUCAGAGCCACCUGCCCCAUGAGGGAGCAGAGGAGUCCACUGUGCACUAUGCUUUCUGGAUCAUGGCACUUAUUAAUCUGCCCGUGCCCAUUGCUGUCCUGUUCCUCAUGUAUCGGGAGCAGCUGAUCCCAUGCUGCCCCAGCGGCACUCCUCGCCUUCUGGACAAAGAUGAACUAGCAAUGGAGAACCAGCAGGGGGCUGAAGGCCCAGACGAGGAGCAGAAGGAACAUGAAGCUGGAGGUCACGGGGAUAUCUUCAGCUGCUGUCAGAAUGAUAACCUGCGCGGCCUGCCAGUAUCCUUCUUUAUGAUUCAUGUCCUUGGUGGGAUGGUGCUCUUCAUGACCGAUGGUAUUGUGGGUGCAUACGCCGGCUUUGUGUACACCUACGCUGUGGAACCUCCGAUGUCACUGCCUCAUAAGACAGCAGGUUAUCUGGCCAGCAUCUUUUGGGCAGCCAUCACUGCUGGACGUCUCUUGUCCAUACCUCUCUCAUAUCGUUUCCAGCCUGUGAGACUGCUCAUGUUCAACCUGGCAGGUGCUAUCGUUACCGUGUUGAUGCUGCUUAUUUUCUACACCAACCACAUCUUUUUGUUUGUUGGCACCUGUUUAUGUGGGCUGUUCCUCAGCAGCAUCUUCCCCUGCAUGCUUGCCUAUACUGAAGACAUCCUCGAUUACCAGGGAUGUGCAACCUCAGUGCUGGUGACAAGUGCAGGAAUGGGAGAGAUGGUAAUGCAGGUUCUGGUUGGCUCGAUUAUCCAGAGUAAAGGCAGCUACAGCUUCCUGCUGUGUGGAGUGAUAAUCGCCUGCAUUGGAUUUAUCCUCUUCAUUGGUCUCCUGCUGUUCCAUCGAAUGCACAGAAAUUACCUCACAGGAACGUCGAAAAAGUCUGCCAUGGUGGAGGAGCCAGCAGCAGAGCAGAAUGGAUCUGCCAAAACAGAACAGAAAGAGGAGAAAGAGAGCAGCUGA